AUGAUGCAUAUAAAGUUACAAGUAAAAUACUACUUAACAUUUAUCUAGAUUCUAAAAUAAGAAGAAUUAAAUUUUGUAAUAUUGAAUUAUUUUACAAUAGUAGAAUAAAGAAGUUUUUUGUAAUUAAAUGAUAGAUAUACCUACUUCAAAGUGAUGAAUAUUGUUCUCUAAUAAAUUUAAUAUUUUGAAUACCAUCAAAGUUGGUACUACUUAACAACAAUAAUAUACAUCAGAAUGAUUAGUUAAGGAAAUAAUUAAGAAGUUAUGCUACAAUUCAAUCAAAAGCAAAACAAUAGAAAGUAUUGGAGCAAUGAUGAACAUAAGAAAUUGAACUCUGCUGUGAUUUUACAUGGAUCUAAUUGGAAAAUCGUAGCAGAAUAUCUACCUGGAAGAAAUGCUUCUUAAUGUGAAUAAAGAUGGAAGAGAAUUAAGCCUAAAGAAGUUAAUAUUUUAUUAAUCAUUAUAGAAUGAAAGAAAUUACACCUAAUAGAACUGGGAGAUAAAUUAGGGAGAGAUUUGUCAAUCAUUAGAUCAAAAUAUCAGAAAAACUCCUUGGACUGAAGAUGAAGAUAAAUGGGUAUUAAACUAUUGGUACUAAAUGGUCUGUUAUGUCCAAAAAGUUGCUAGGAAGACCUGUUUUCAUAAAUUUUUUGAUAAAUUUAGGAAAACAUGAUAAAAAACAGAUUUUAUUCACAUACCCAAUAAUGUAAGAAUUUUAGAGUAAGAAACUUUAAAAAAAAGUAAAAUUGUGAAAAAGACGAAAAAAUAUAGAAAAUUUGAUUAAAAGAAAAGGAACUAAGAAGAAUAUGAUUGUAAAGGAUAGCUUAAAUGUAAUUAAGAUGAACAGGAAGAGGAAG